AUGAACAAUGCUGAAUUAUAUCAUAGAAAUAAUACUAUACAAAAAAGGGAUGUUUUGCAAUGUUUAGAAGAGUACGGAAAGCGAAUUAAAUGGAAAAACGGCAGAAUUACGGUUAUAGACAUUGGUUGUGGAGAUGGAACCGUAACGACGAGUAUACUAAAAGAAAAUAUCCCCAAUAGUAUUGAAAGACUGGUAGGUUGUGAUAUUAGCAAAAACAUGGUACAGUUCGCUAAUGAGCAAUAUGCGAAUGAUCACAUCAGUUUCAUGGUGCUGGACAUCGAAGGCGACUUGCCGAACGAGCUUCGAGGAAAUUUUGAUUACGCAUUUUCAUUCUUCGCCUUGAAUUGGAUCCAAAAUCAAGAGGUGGCGUUUACAAACAUAUAUGAUCUACUAUCAGAGGGAGGCGAGUGCUUUUUUGUGAUUGUGAGUCAUCAACCGAUGUUUGACGUUUACCGAAUCCUAUCUCGGUCAACAAAAUGGAAGUUAUGGAUUAAAGACGUUGAACGCUUUAUUUCACCCUAUCAUGACUGUCAGGAUCCUGAAAAGAAAGUAGAACAAAUGAUGAUGGCGAUCGGAUUCACUUCGGUAGAAGUCGAAUGUUUGCAGAAGACAUAUGUUUAUCCCAAUUUGGAUGCUUUUAAAGGAACCGUAACAUCAAUUAACCCCUUUGAAAUACCUAAAGAUUUAGAAGAAGAUUAUCUGCUAGAUUUCUACAAUGUUUUUCGAGACAUCCAUGCUGUAGAUCAUGCAAGCAGUGAUGUCGAUGGACCGAUCAAAGUGACAUUCAACUACAGUUGUGAUAAAAGCGAAAAGAUGAUAAAGUAUGCUAAUGAGCAUUACGCGAAUGAUCACACCAGUUUCAUGGUGCUGGACAUCGAGGGCGACUUGCCGAACGAGCUUCGAGGAAAUUUUGAUCACGCAUUUUCAUUCUUCGUCUUGCACUGGAUCCAACAUCAAGAGAUGGCGUUUACAAACAUAUAUGAUCUACUCAAAAUAGAAGGCGAGUGCUUUUUAGUAUUUGUGGCUCACACGCUCUUGUUUGAAGGUUACCGCAUCCUUUCUCGGUCAACAAGGUGGAAGUUUUGGCUGAUAGAUGUGGAACGCUUUAUUUCACCCUAUCAUGACUGUCAGGACCCUGAAAAGAAAGUCAAACAAAUGAUGAAGUCUAUCGGAUUCACUUCCGUGGAAGUCGAAUGUUUGCAGAAGGCAUUUAUUUUUCCUGAUCUGGAUGCACUUAAAGGAUUCGUAACAUCAAUCAAUCCUUUUCAAAUACCAAAAGAUUUAGAAGAAGAUUAUCUGCUAGAUUUAUUUAAUGUUCUUCGAGACCUGCGUAUUAUAGAUUGUGCAAGCAGUAAUGUCGAUGGACCGAUCAAAGCGACACUCAACCACAGUCUUAUUGUGGCCAAGGGAAGAAAAUAGUUGAUUCGUUACGUCCUGUACUACAAAAUUUUAAAAACACUUAAAAACACAUCUUAUAUGUAAUAUUGUUAUAGGGUAUGGUAAAAUGAUUCAACUUUUAAAGCAACCUAAAAAAACUUGUGCUUAAUAAAUAAAAAAAGAUAAUUAGA